GUAUGACACUGUGGGUGGAGCUGAAGACAGAGGAAAGACAUAUUUAAUGUUGAGGACAAAGUGAAGGGGGCAUAAUUAAAAAUGGCUCUCCAACAGGUUCUGUGUGGUGUAGCUGUGAUGAUCAUUCUCUCAUCCAAAGGUUGUCAGUCACAGAUACCUGCGUGCGGCCAGGCUUUAAAAAACACCAGAAUUGUUGGAGGUCAAGAUGCGCCUCCGGGUAGUUGGCCCUGGCAGGCCAGUAUCACCAGUGAUUCGCAGCCCUUCUGUGGGGGGUCGCUGAUCAACGACCAGUGGGUGCUGACAGCUGCUCACUGCUUUCCAGGGGAUGUUCAGACCGCAACAAGGGUUCAUCUCGGGCGUCACAACCAGUCAGGUCCAAACAUCAAUGAGGUGUCACUGAGACUCGCUGAGAUCGUUCGCCACCCUGCUUACGACAGCAGGACCUUGGACAAUGACAUAUGUCUUCUGAAGCUGUCGGCCCCUGUGAAUUUUACCGACUACAUACAGCCAAUAUGCUUGGCCUCGGCAAACAGCACUUUCCACACUGGGGUCAACAGCUGGGUCACUGGCUGGGGUAGAACUCAGGCCUUAUUCCCCGACACCCUACAGGAGGUCGAUGUACCAAUAGUGGGAAACAAUGAGUGCCAGUGCUACUACAGAGAUAAAUACUCCAUCACAGAGAACAUGAUCUGUGCUGGGCUCACAGCUGGAGGGAAGGAUUCAUGUCAGGGAGACUCUGGGGGUCCACUGGUGAACAAAUAUGACUUUGUGUGGGUCCAGAGUGGAGUUGUGAGUUUUGGUUUUGACUGCGCCUUACCUAAAUAUCCUGGAGUCUACGCUCGUGUGUCUGAGUACCAGGAAUGGAUUAGCAACAUCGCUGGCAGGAACAAAACAGGCUUUGUUACCUUCACUUCCACAGGAAUUGACAGCGACUUAAACUUCACCUGCCCAACAACCCCACCCCCGACUACCACCACCGCCGUCACUGAUGGUGACAGUGUAUUUGACGGUGGUGAGCAUGUGAUCCACUUCACUCACUUCACCUCAGUCUGUGUUCUUCUUCUCUCUCUCUACGUACUGGUUGGUGACGAAUGAUAUGACAGAGUCAAACCAUGUACAGUUUAAGAUGAUUCCUGUACCCAAAAUAUUGAUAAUAAUCAAAAUAAUCGUUCAAAAUUAUUCUGAACUGUAAGUUACAGUGGUGGAGCUCUCUCUCUCUCUCUCUCUCUCUCUCUCUCUCUCUCUCUCUCUCUUUCUCUCUCUCUCUCUCUCUCACACACACACACACACACACACACACACACACACACACACACACACACACACACACACACACGCCUGUUAACCUGGCUGUGACUCAUCUCCCCUGGCCUGCAGAAUCAACUGAGUGAAAAAUUAAAUGCACUGAUUCCAAGUGUGUUUGAGUGCUCAUUUGAGUUUGUUUGCAUAAGUGUCAUCGCCCCUUCUGCUAUGUCUGUGUGUGAGCAUGUGUUGUGAAUGCAUGUGGCUUUGUGUGUAUCACGCUGUCCUGAAAUGCCCUUCAAGGUUCACGAAGCCCCUCUCUGAUGAAACCUAACUGGGCCAAAUGUGCCUUAUUUUUCAUUUCCUCUCACUUUUUAAAUUACAAUUUUCAAAUAUUCACUCAUGAAUGCAACCACUGUCCCCAACAGGACACUGUAGAUAAUAUAUGACAAACACACACAAUAUGUUCCGGAUGGCUGAUCG